AUGGAGAUCGCGUCGGCUCCCGCGCCGACCGGCUCCGUCGCGUGCGCGUCGGCGGCCGUGGACGAUGCGCGCGUGGUGCCUUGGAGCGACAUGCCGCGGGUCCCACGGCGAUUAGCGGGCGGCAGCAGCAGCGACGGUCUAACGGCGUGCAGCAAUGCAGCAGCCGCGGCGCUCGCGCUGACUCUCAAUCCGUGUCCUGGGAGCCAACACACACCAACAACGUCACCGCCGCCUCCUCUUUAUAUAAACCCGCCGCAGCGCCACCAUCGCAACUCGCCUCUCCAUUCCGCUCUCUCCCCUGCCCUCUGUCUCUCUGCGCUCCAUGCACCGCGACCCGCCUGCACUCCAUUCCAACCACCUGCAGACACGUGGCGGGCCAGCUUGCCAUUCAACGUCGCGGCAGCAGCAUCAGGCAGGGCGUACGGGCGCGGCCACGUGCAGCCGGUGGGUGCGUAUCACUCAGCUGCUGCUACAGAUGGCUCUCAGGCGGUCAGCAAGUUCGAGGAGGUUGGGCCAGUGGACCCGUUCUCGCUAGUGGCGGACGAGCUAGCAGGCCUGGCAGACAAGAUGCGUGCAAUGAUCCUUUCAGAGAUCCCCAAGUUGGCCACGGCAGCGGACUACUUCUUCAGAGUCGGUGCCACCGGCAAGCGCUUCCGCCCCACUGUCAUUCUGCUCAUGGCGUCGUCCCUGGACCACACCCACUGCACGCCUACCGUCGCGCUCUCAGGGGCACCAGGAGUGUCAUUGGUGGAGGUGCCAGUGGGGGAGGUGUUUACUGCGGAGGAGAGGAGGGAGAGGCAACGGAGAAUAGCGGAGAUCACGGAGAUGAUCCAUGUGGCGAGUCUGCUGCAUGACGAUGUGUUGGACCAUGCGGACACCAGGCGAGGAGUCUCAUCGCUCAACUACAUGAUGGGCAACAAGCUGGCAGUGCUGGCGGGGGACUUUCUGCUGGCGCGGGCGUCAGCAGCGCUGGCGGGGCUGCGCAACACGGAGGUGGUGGAGCUGCUGUCCGCCGUGCUCGAGCACCUCGUGGGCGGCGAGGUCAUGCAGAUGACCGCCGACCCCGCCCAGUGCAGCAGCAUGGAGUAUUACAUGCGCAAGACGUUUCUCAAGACGGCGUCGCUGAUCGCCAACAGCUGCAAGGCCGUGGCCGUGCUGGGCGGCCACGAUGCCGCCACGGCACAGCUCGCCUACGACUACGGCCGCCACCUCGGCCUGGCGUUCCAGCUGGUGGACGAUGCCCUCGACUUCACAGGCUCGCUCGCCUCCCUGGGCAAACCCGCUCUCAAUGACAUCGCUCAGGGGCUGGUGACGGCGCCGGUGCUGUUUGCAGCGGAGCAGCACCCCGGCAUGCACCGCCUCAUGGACCGCAAGUUCUCCCACCCCGGGGACGUGCAGCAGGCCGUGGUGUGGGUGGAGCAGAGUGGGGGAGUGGCGCGCACCAAGGCACUGGCAGCGGAGCACUGUGCGCUGGCAGUGCAGGCGGUGCAGGCCAUGCCAGCAGCCAGCACGGAGUAUGCACACCGAUGCCGCCUGGGACUCAUUGAGCUCACUCACCUCGUGCUCUCUCGCUCCAAGUAG